UUUUCUUUCAUUUCUUCGUGACGGCCAACAACGAGCGGCGGUGUUUGUUCGAUCGCUUGGUCACGUUCACGUCAUCUUUUUUAGCUUCUAAUGUCUGAAUUUUGCAUCCCACAUGCUUAGGGGUAACCGAAAUAAGAAAAAAAGCAAGAACCCUAGAACGAGAAGAAAAGUGCGCGUAAGAGGGCCUGUAAACUUAAAUGUAAACUAGAAAGUGUGUGAGUGGAGUCGCGAGGUGUCUCGUCCGUCCGGUUCGAUCUGGAUUUUAGCAGUUUGAACCGCGAGUCAGACCCCUUUCCCCCAAAUUAAGUGCAGUGCUUUGGACAAUAUUUCUUUUCGUAUAAUCGCAAUUUGAAGUUUCUGAGUUUUGUUACUUGAGUUACACCAGUCCAAAAUGUCUGAAGAAUCGUCAGCAGAUCGCAACGUCGAAAUAUGGAAGAUCAAGAAACUCAUAAAGAGCCUGGAAAUGGCGAGAGGAAAUGGAACAUCCAUGAUAUCUCUAAUCAUUCCACCCAAGGAUCAAAUAUCUCGUGUAUCCAAAAUGUUGGCUGAUGAAUUUGGUACAGCGUCCAACAUCAAGUCGCGGGUCAACAGACUCUCCGUGCUCGGUGCUAUCACAUCUGUACAGCACAGACUAAAGCUGUACACUAAAGUCCCACCAAAUGGUUUAGUGAUAUACUGUGGUACAAUCGUCACAGAGGAGGGCAAGGAAAAGAAGGUUAACAUUGAUUUUGAACCAUUCAAGCCCAUCAACACGUCUUUAUACCUGUGCGAUAACAAGUUCCACACCGAAGCCCUGACGGCACUGCUCGCUGAUGACAAUAAGUUUGGUUUCAUUGUUAUGGAUGGUAACGGAGCCCUAUUCGGUACCCUACAAGGCAACACUCGGGAGGUCCUGCACAAGUUCACAGUAGAUUUGCCGAAGAAGCACGGUCGCGGUGGUCAGUCGGCGUUGCGUUUCGCGCGUCUGCGUAUGGAGAAACGGCACAACUACGUGCGGAAGGUGGCCGAGGUGGCCACUCAGCUGUUCAUCAGUGCCGACAGACCCAACGUGGCCGGCCUCAUCCUGGCCGGUUCCGCCGACUUCAAGACUGAACUGUCCCAGUCCGAUAUGUUUGAUCCGCGUCUGCAAUCUAAAAUCAUCAAACUGGUGGAUGUGUCCUAUGGCGGUGAGAACGGGUUCAACCAGGCCAUCGAGCUGGCUGCGGAGUCGCUGCAGAAUGUCAAGUUCAUUCAGGAGAAGAAACUCAUUGGCAGAUAUUUUGAUGAGAUCUCACAGGACACGGGGAAGUACUGUUUCGGUGUGGACGACACGUUGCGGGCACUGGAGCUUGGGGCCGUUGAGACUCUCAUCUGUUGGGAGAACCUCGACAUACAGAGAUAUGUUCUAAAAUCCCACGCCACAAACCAGGAGACCAUUUUGCAUCUCACACCCGAGCAGGAGAAAGACAAGUCCCAUUUCACAGACAAGGAGAGCGGAGUUGAGCUGGAGCUGGUGGAGUGUCAGCCGCUGCUGGAGUGGCUGGCCAACAACUACAAGUCGUUCGGAGCCACUCUCGAGAUCAUCACGGACAAGAGCCAGGAGGGCAGCCAGUUUGUGCGCGGAUUUGGUGGCAUUGGCGGCAUUUUGCGAUACAAGGUGGACUUUCAGUCGCUGCAGCUAGACGAACCGCUGGACGAUGUUGACCUCGACGACUAUUAGGGUUUAGGAUUCAAACUAACGGGCAACGGCAUCAUAGAGUCAGUUUACAGAGUAGUUUCACCGAAUGUUGAAAUAGCUUGGUUCAUUUUCAUUUGUUCUUUAUUGUCUAAUAAUCUUGUGGUUUAUUAUUCAGUUGUAAGAAAUAACCCAUUGUUUAUUUAUGCUGUCAAUACAUUUUAAAAUUCAUUGUUCUCAGUUUAAACUUGUACGUUUUUCGGUUCUACUUCUCAAGUAUCUCUAGUAAAUAUCUCUAUGAUGCUCCUGCCCCCUCUAGAUUACAUAUAGAACAGAUCAUAACGCUUGUAAGAUUAUUUUAGACUGAUAUAUUAUUACGGGGUGGCAGAUAGGCUAAUUAAUAAAAAGUGUUCACAAGGCGUUUUAAGUGUUUUUAAAACAAAAAUCAUUCCGCCUCUAAAAAAUAUCAUUUUAAAGAUAAAGAUACAUUUAAAUUAUCUGUUAUUUUAUUUAUACAUUUAUUUUUUGUUGCUAUCAGACGGACGCUAAUCUGCCACUCGACAAAUGAUCACAAUUCACAAAUUAAUUUUGUCUCUCUCCUUCCUUCGUCCCUCUCUCUCUCUCACACACGUUUCCAACGCUAGCUCACAAUUUAGCCGGAUAUUGGAUAGACAUAGGUUUGGAUCAGUUACGAAGUGUAGAUCUUUUUCACUAGAAAAAGAUAGAAACCAAUAAUUUUAUUAAAAUAUUUCUCGAUAUUCAUGAAUAAAUUAGUUGACUAUUAUUCAAUUAUUAAAACGAGCUUAUAGUUUUUAUGAAAUUGUUUCGUAAUAAUUAUGUUUUGAUCUGUCCUUGCUUUAAUCUCUUUAGGAUUUAUUUAAAAUUUUAAAUUACUAAUCUAUUGUCCUGUAUUUUAUAAUUAUUAUGACCCCUUCUAAUCUCUGUAUCGCUUACGAGUUACGAGAUAUAAACCAGAAAGGCCUUUAGCAAUAGUGUACGCCUUAUCGUAGUUUUACGGGAAAGAUUUGAUUGCACGAGAACAUUGUAUAAUGACAGAAGUUCCCACCUGUCCCACUCUCUAUCCCUCCCCGAAUAAAACAAAUUCUAACUGGUCACUAAAACAUAAUCCGACAAAAAAGGAUCAAAAUAAAUAAAAGCGAAAGUGCAAUAUGAAUGAGACAAAAUAUUUUCAAUUUAAUUGAAAAAAAAACCUCAAGAACAUUUCAGCAUAUUUUUGAUCCUAUAAAUUGGAUGUUUCCUAUUUAAAUGUAUCUAGAAAUGGAAUACACUUUUGUAUUACAAUAAGGAAUAAUCUGUGGACGGAGAAGAAAAUAUUUUUCUAAUUAUAUAAAAGAAAUAAAAAAUGGUGGUUAAAUACUCACCGAUAUAAAAUUCUGAAGCAAUAAUGCGGUCACUGUAGGUAAGAAGUACCUAAAAUGCAGCCGAUAUCAACCAAGUCUUUCCCUUUUACACAUGAAAUACAUAGACUGCUUGGACAUUGGUUCUGAUAUAACAUAAAAAUGGAUUUUGAGAUUUAAAAGUUUUCUGAAAUGUAAAACCUCACAAACGAGAAUUUUUUUGGUAUUUAAAAAUACCUGUAUAUUUUACUAUUAAAAAUAUUUAUGGAGCGUUUCACUAUUGAAGUUCCGGUGUCUGUCUAUCAUGUGACGUUUCCACUAUGCCAGACAAGAACAGAUCUUGUUAUUCGCUGUGUAAAUAUUUUUAUUGGUAAGGGACGUAGGGGUAUUUGUGAUGAAAGAGCCGGAAGCAAUGUUUUUGACCGUCAAUUUCCAAGCAGCAGUCGGAACACAUUCACGCGAAACGGGAAAGCAUACAUGACAUGCAGGCAGGAAUGGAAUUUAUUUAUUUUAAUUAUUUGCAACAAUACUACAUUAAAAUUAGAUUGUAUUAACGGUUUUUGAGUGCAAUUAUAUUUAAGAUGUAUUUUAGAUUAUUUUAAAUUGAGAGUAGUUUUAAGUUGACGAAUUAUAAUUUUAGGACGCGUACGGAACGUAUAAGGAUUGUACAAUGUAUGCUUUCUGAUAUAUAAAGUUUGCAAUAUU